AUGGAAGAACUCAGUCAAGUACACGAUAGUUUUACGUAUUUGUUUCGCAUGCGUAUGGCCACUCCGAGUAAAUGGUCUAAGUAUCUUACAAGCUUCAUUGAAGAUGUGAAAAAUUACCAAAGUACUAGUCGCAGUGCUACGUUGCAAUGUCUCAGGAGAUCUUCACUUGGGGUUCUGGUGCCUAUGGCCGCUUGGGCCACGGUUCUCUAGACGACUAUGCAAAUCCGCAGAAGAUCGGAGGAAUUUGCAAUGGUACUUACGACUUGGGCUUGUGCUCGGUUGAAAGUUGUGUCACUGAGGCAAGCGAAAGACUGAUACUUGCGAAAAUGGUUUUGUUAUUCCCGGCGGCUUUUCAUAUUGCUACCGAGUUCAGAAAAACAGGUUCGUUGAUAUCUUCUUCUAGAAAGUUGUUCGUCGCUUUUUUGAUACAGGACGCACUUUCGGUUCCGUGUCGUGUGGCUGGUACCACUCCGCCUGCGCGACUGCAACCGGGGAUGUCCUUGUCUUCGGCAGCAACGUCACAGGCUGCCUGGGCAUGGACCAAGAGGACGCAUUCACCGAUAGUAGCAGUGAAGAAGGCGAUUCGGGAGAUGAGGAUCCAGAUUUCGAUAUUUCGGAGGUUGCGGCAGCAGAGGAGACGGAGUACAGCGAACUGUCCGAUCUCAAACGCAG